AUGAACUCGAAUACAAACAAAGAAAUUGAUAAUAAUCAUAACCUUCUUCGUUAUUCUUAUUCAGUUGAUGAGACCGCUACUCGCCUCGAUGAAUUACACCAGACGGAACAACAACAUUAUGAACCUUCCGACAUUUGGUCCAAUUUUGUUGAAGGAUCCGAUCUUCCUAUAUUAAAUGAAGAAAACGUUUUGCUUGAUUCAGAGCGUAGUUUUGACUCUGAUAUUCCAACCAUAGAAAUCGAGUUCGCAUCUGAUCCCUCGACAAUUGAAAUGCCGCAGGUCGGACAAGAAGAUUCUUCAAGCGUACCACGUUGA